GUCUCGCGAACGCUUAUAAAUUUCCUGUAAACCUCCGCUACUUCCUCACUCACAUCAAAGUCGCUCGCCAGUGCAGAUUAUUAUAAAACCUGACUUAUUCAACGAAUAUUUGUUAACAUGGAGGCCCCAAGAGUCAUAAACUUUUCAGCUGGACCAGCGAAAUUGCCAGAAUCGGUCUUGGAGAAGGCACAGCAUGAAAUGCUCAACUACAAUAACACUGGACAAUCCGUCAUGGAACUAAGUCACAGGUCGAGCGAUUUUACCAAAAUCAUCAACGCAGCUGAGAAAGAUGUCCGUGACAUUUUGAACGUCCCCAGUAAUUACAAAAUCAUCUUCCAACAAGGAGGAGGUACCGGUCAGUUUUCAGCCGUACCUCUCAAUCUGAUGGGACUUAAAGAGGGUCAUUGUGCAGACUACAUAGUGACCGGUAGCUGGUCAGCCAAGGCCGCGAAGGAGGCAGAAAAGUAUGGCAAGGUCAACGUCGUCAACCCAAAGAUGGACAAAUAUACAACAAUUCCACAGGAAUCAACAUUCAACCUGAACCCCGAAGCCUCCUACGUGUUCUACUGUGCCAACGAAACUAUCCACGGUGUGGAGUUCCAGUAUAUACCAGAAACCAAUGGUGUCCCUCUUGUCUGUGAUAUGUCAUCAAAUAUGAUGUCUCGUCCAGUUGACAUCUCGAAGUUUGGCGUAAUAUUUGCCGGAGCCCAGAAGAAUAUCGGCUGUGCCGGUGUAACCGUGGUGAUAAUUAGAGAAGAUCUACUUGGACACGCCCACCCAAAGACGCCAAUUACCUUCGAUUACAAAGUACAAGUUGGAAACAACUCCCUUUACAACACAGCUCCAACAUACAAUAUAUACAUCCUAGGCCUAGUAUUACAAUGGGUGAAAUGUCAGGGAGGUGUAGAGAGGAUGGAACAGCUGUCAAGCAUGAAAUCUAAAUCUGUGUACGACGUCCUCGACAACUCAAACGGCUUCUACUGCGGUACCAUUGAGCCCCACUGUAGAAGUAGGAUGAAUGUCCCGUUCCGGGUCGGGGGACCAGAAGGGGACGAGGCGUUAGAAAAGAAAUUCUUAGAGGAGGCUUCAAAGAGGAAUAUGAUCUCAUUAAAAGGACACAGAUCUGUCGGCGGUAUGCGGGCGUCAUUAUACAACGCUCUCACAGUUGAGGAGGCAAUGGUACUAGUAAAUUUCAUGAAUGAAUUCCGUGAACAAAAUCAGUGAACCAAGGACAAAAAGACUUGUAAAACCUUUACCGGGCAUCGGUGUCAAAACUGGAAUUGCUAGUCUUGAAACACUGCUGUUGUUCUAAUGUGAACGACACUACCAUUUUAAACGAACAUACCAUUGUUGGUCUUGAUACCGUCCAUCUCUUCAGGACUAUUUUACACCCAACCAACCAUACAGAAGACACCCUUGUUUGAUAUUGGGUGAAUUUUAUUAACAACGCAAAAAUGUAAAAGGACUGACCCAGUAUUUUUUACUAUUUUUCAAUUUUUUCUUUCUUCAAAUUUUAAACAACACUGUCUUAUCACUAUAAGUGAUGUAACGGUUCAAUUUGUGUGUAGACACUAAAUCCAAUGCAACCACUCAACCAAUAACUGGGCUUAUGUGCUUUAUACUUCCCUUUAGAAACUAUUGUACAUGUAAAUAAGUGAAAAGGGAACUCGUUAAAAGCCAUUCAAAUUCCAUAAAAAUUCUGAAAUCUAAAAGAUUGUUCAGAUUUACAGGAAGCAACACUUUGUCACCGUGAACAAAUGAGAGGUUUUCUUGACAGUCAAAUAGAGUUCAAGUUUAACAUGGGCCUACUGGAAUAUAUUUGAAGAAUGUUUUUGGAAAACUCGGGAAAUUGGUUUUUGAGAGAGAAAUUUGCUUUGGAAAAUGAAUGUUCAGCUCAAAAUUUUAUCUUCGUAAAAUAUAACUUGGGUUUAAGCAGUAUUAUGGGUUAAUCUGGUUGAAAUAUGCUAUGGUUGUAUAUGGUUGUGUUGUCAAGUAUAAUGCCCAGAUAGACUUAUAGGGAUUGGUUUAUUGUUGUUAUAUACACUGCCAAAACCUAGGAAGAAUUCUCGCAACAAAAAAUACUAUACGACUUUUGUCGUGAAAGUGUGAUAGCGAGAGAGGACUCAUGUUUGUGACGGAUGCGAGUGUGAAAUUAUUCAAUGUUUGUUUAUAGUGAAUAUAUAGAAUGGAAGUGAUUGAUGACCUGUUUGUUUUGAAGAAGUGUAAUGACUGAAAGAGUUGGCGUGUAAAUGUUUUUGUUGGAAGUUUGUAUAAAUCGGAUGAAGAGGGAUAUAUGAUGAGAAAAUGGUGCUGCUUGUUUAUUUGUAUGCAAGCGUUUUUAUUAGGCCAAAACAAAAAUUAUGUGUGUUUCAAGUAUCUUGACCUUCCUUAGAAGUAAGAUUGCCCUACCAGCUCUAGAACAUAAUUAUUAUCAUUUUACUUGUAUCAAAGAUUAAUUUUGUAGCCAUGAAAUGCUCAAAAUCACUUUUUCUUCCUUUUCUUGGAGCCUGACUGAAUUCAUGACAAUUUCAUAGUCAGUUUUUUGCCGGUAUGUUACCUAAAACACAUAUAAUUUUUGUUUUGGUCUUUAAAAUACUAUGAACAAUUUGAAUAUGAACAUUGUGUAUUUAAAGUACAGUAUUUAAAAAUAUUUUGAAAUUCCAUCUUUCUAUAGAGAAAAGGUAAUAUCUAGUUGAAAAUUUUACGAUACUGAAUGAAAAAUAUUUAACAAUGAUAUGCCUCGUAAUUGAGGAUUUGUUAUUUCAUAACUACAAGAUUGUAUAGGGCAUAUUUUUAUUUUUUACACAAAGCAGUUAUAAUUUCUAUGUAAGUACAUACCAUUGUUUAAUCAUUCAUACAUGUACAUAUUACAUUUUAUCAAAACAUUAUGGCAGAAAAAAAAAAUCAUACAUUCAUACUUGUUCAAAAUUUCCGAAGUAUUUUACCGAAUGUUUAAAAAAAAAUUGGAAUGAUUGAAAGAGUUCAAUGAGAAUUAUUCAUGGUAAUAAUUACUGCUUCGAUGUUUAUGUUAGAAAAUGUUGGAAUUUUGAAGAUAAGUAUUAUAUAUACAUCCUGCAUUAAGCCCAGGGAGUCGACACACAAUCUCUUAAUGCAAAGUAGAGAAAUAGAGUGUUAACAAGACAGUGAAAAACUGAACUGUAAUAUAUAUUUGGAUGGGCUUAUUACAGGGCAUGGGCUUAUUAGCAGACAUACACAAGUAAUGUGGUACUUCAGAGUAAUAGUUUUCUGUGUGUUGAACUGAAUUAGUUUUUUAACCCAUUCCACCCCUAAAUUCACAUUUGAACCUUACCAAA